AUGCCGCGCAUCAGGAAGAAACACGCGUACCCGCGCGAAGGUGACAAAGAAGGUCGCCGAGCACAAGAGGAAGCAGAAGCGCAACUCGAAGAAGGAGGUCCAGUGGAAGUCCACUCGUUCCACCUCAAGGAUCAGGUUCUCGCCGAGCUCGCGGAGGAGAAGCGCCUCGCCCGGGCAGCUCUCAAGGGCAAGCAACAGCGCGAUGAGGAGGAGGAGGAGGAUACCCCGGGAAUCCAGACCCUUGCGACUUCUUCGGUUCUCCCGCGAGUGGCUAUGACCGGCGUUGCGGACAUGGCCGAGGAGGACUCAGACGACUCUGACAUUCCGGCUCUCCUCGACUCCGACCUGCCGACGCUCCAGGCGGCGCUUGAUGCCGCCGAUGUCCUCCUCGAGGUUGUUGACGCCCGUGACAUCUCUGGAACGCGGUGUAAGGCUGUCGAGGACCUGGUGACUGAGGCCGACGGCCAGGUGUUCAUCGUUGUCAACAAGAUUGACCUUGUUCCCCGCGAGGCUCUCGAGGCUUGGAUUGCCACCCUCCCCUUCCCCGCCUACCUUUUCUCUGCCGUCACUGGCGCCGGACGGGAAGAGCUCCUUGCUGCUCUUGGCAAGAUCGCUAAGGGCAAGAAGGAGACACCUGCUGUCGCUCUCCUUGGUCUUCCUAACGUCGGCAAGACCUCGAUCCUCAACUCUCUCGGCAACGGCAAGUUCAAGGUUGCCCCCGUUCUUCCUACCGCCAACCAGGCCAAGUCGCCCGCUCCUACAACCAAGGCUCCCAUCGAGGUCGAGGUUUCGACUCCCAAUGGUUCCAUUCGCGUCAUUGACACUCCGGGCUGGGAGUUUGUCGAGGAGGAAGGAAGCGAGUGCGGAUGCGGUCACGAGCACGGCGACGAGCACGACCACGAACACGCUCACGACGAGGAGGACGAGGAGGAUGAGGAUGAGGAUGAGGAUGAGGCUAUGGACGAGGACGAUGAGGAGGGAGAUGAGGACGACGAGGAGAUCGACGAGGACGAGCUUGACGAGGAGGAGGCUGCGAAGUGGGAUGCUCUUGAGGCCCAGGUCGCCGGUGACCUUCUCCGACGCAACCUUGGACGCGUUGAUCGCGUCAAAGACGUUUUCCCACUCAUCAACUACAUCGUUACCCGCAGUACCGCGCAGGACCUGAUGCUCAAGUACAACGUCCCGUACUUCGAGCAAGGUGACGUCGAGGCGUUCCUGACGUCGCUGGCGCGCGUUAACCAGCGUGUUAACAAGUUCGGCGAGCCGAACCACGAGGGUGCCGCCCGUAUUCUUCUCCGCGAUUGGGCUGCAAACGAGUUCCCCUACUACACCAUGCCGGUCAAGGGAAGCAUGGAGGUUGAGGUUGCCGUCAAGCAGCCCGACAUGUCUGCCGUGCUCGCCCAGGUCCCGACCCGCAAGGAGCUGAGGAAGGCGCGCGGAAUCGUCAAGUUUACGCCGUCCGAGCUCGACACCCGCGAAAUCUUCCUCGACGACGACUACACCGACGUCAACCCGGAGCGCUCGCACGGCGACGACGACGACGACGACGAUGAGGACGAGGAGGACGAGCUCGACGAGGAGGAGAUGGAUGAGCUCGACGAUGAUGAGGAGGAUGAGGACGAAGACGAGGAGGCCGCCUUUAUCGGCUCCGACGAGGGAUCCGAGGUUGACGUGGAGGAUGGAUCUGAGCCGUCAUCUGGCUCUGAUGUUGAGGAGGAGGAGGACGAGGAGUCUGAGGAAGAGGAGAUCGAGCUCCCCUCAAGAAAACGCAAGGCUGCGGCCCCCGCCCCCGUCGUGCGCAAGAAGGCGAAGACGGUCCAGUUCCCCGCUAAGCUCGAGGCUCCCCGUUCGCGGCCCAAGGGUGUCGUCGAGAUCCGCCCCAUCCUGAAGCAGCCGAAGAGCGCGCUCAAGGCGCCCAAGGAGGAGAAGCCGAAGAAGAGCGCCAAGCUCGCUGCGGCUCCCAAGGAGAAGGCGGAGAUGACGAAGGAGGAGCGCCGCGCCGCUGCGCGUGCCAACAUUGAGGCGAAGAAGGCCGAGAAGGCGGCCCUCAAGGCCGCUGGUCUGCUCAAGCCUAAGGCUGCCCCCGCUCCCGAGCCGCCUAAGAAGACGAAGAAGUCCAAGGCCGAGAAGCAGAAGGCCAAGGAGGCCAACGGCACUUCGGACGGCGCCGCGUAUGACUGGCGACAGCACUUCUAA